CUUUAUAUCAGUGAUUUUGAGGAAUGGAAUGGACAAAAAGACAGAUGAGAGGCCUACUGAGGCCAAAACUAUUGACAUUGUUAGAAGAUUUUCUGACUUGGAAAGCAACAUCAACAAAGUCUGUGAGUAAGUCAGCUUUCUUGAAUGUUAAUUCAAUUCAAGAUGUGUCUUUUGGAUAAAGUAUAAAUUCAUAAGGAAAAAUUAUAGGCUACAUGGAUUUGUUUUUGUAACACUUUAUAGGGAACACAUGACACUGGCUUUAUUUAUAUUCUAGAACUCUGCUGUGCGGACCCAUAGGCCUACACGUGUUGGACUCUGAUAAACUCUUUAGUUUCACAUUGAGCCAGCAUAUACUAAGGGUGGGUUUGUAAAUUCAUCAGUUAUUCUUCGCUCUGUCACUCAGACAAGUGCUCUGAAAUCGGAGUAGAUAGCCAGAGUGAAUUUACGAAGGCACCCUAAAUCUGUUUCUUGUGUAGCUUGCUCUAUAAAUACUAAUACUUUAUUUGUUUCGAGCGUUUGUUUCCCUAUAGGUAGUAAAUAAUUUUUUCAAAAUGUAUAUAUUGCUGUUUUGCCAGUAUUAUAAUUUACUGUGCCUACGCCUAAUCUAGUGUCGAAUAAAUGUUUGUUUGGAAAGGUAUUUCCGUAGGCUUUCUGUGCCACAUGAAAAAUGAGGUAAUUUACCGUUGUCUCUACUCAGGAGUGAAUCGUUGUUUCGGUGCACAGAUUCAUCGCAACAUUCACGAGAUAGAAGUGCUGUUUAUUUCAUUCAAUUAAUGGUUUCCUUUGUUCAUAUUUCCCGCGUUGUGUCAUAGCUACGUUUUGUCUGUCAUUCUGUUUGUGCGUAAUAGGAGCGCGCAUAGAAAUAAGAUACGUGGCCUGCGCGCCAGGCUUUGGAGUCUAUUUAUGAAUGGCGAUGUAAUGAUUAAGUAGAACUUGCCAUGUAACAAUGAAUGUGGAAAUUGACUUACGUCGUAGAGCCAUCUUAUUGGUUGUAAUUGCCAAUUGGAUAAUUGCGGUCCUGGGAGGGGCCAAGGGGCUUAUAUGUACCUAACAUUGGAUCUCCCAGACUUGUAAAUACCUCAACCUACCAAACCUUCUGCUGAUUUCCUAUAAUAAUAUAAAUAUAUAAUAUGCCAUUUAGCAGACACUUUUAUCCAAAGCGACUUACAGUCAUGCCCUUACGACUGCUACAAGGUCCCUAUUUUACAUUAUCUUUAUUUUGGCUAAAGAUUAGGUUAUUGUCCUAAUAUGGCUAAUAAGACAAAAUAAAGUCCUUAUAAGAUACUUAUAUACACACUUAUUAACUAAGAAUUAGUGACUAAUAUGUUUAGCCUACCAUAAAAUUGUGUAACCCCCAAAAAUUGUGUAAUCCCCCAAAACAUGUUUUUUAUUUUUAUUUUUACUGAGCAUGAAAUAACUAAUGAAUUAACCAUUAUACAUGUUUAUAAAUACCUUUUCUAUAUUAUAAAUGCUUAAAUGUUUACAAAUAACAUAGGUAGGCCUAUGAGGAUGUCUGGUCAGAGUUCCUACCAUGCAGUCGCUAUAGUGAGUCUAAAUACGCAUUGCACAGUCUUUGCUGCUUUAAAGUUCAAUCUAAAAAGGGUUUAUAUUCGAUUUUCCACCCAACAGAUCUACACAACCUACUCUGCAUUUUGAAAGUGAAAAAUUAUUAUAGAAAAUGUUUUAAAAAUAAAUGUCUUGAUUGUGUAUGUCUUCACACCCCAGAGUUAAUACUUGGUGGAAGUACCUGUCGCGGGCAUUACAGUUGUGAAUACAAUUCUACCAACCUUGCACAACUCUUAGGGCAAAAUAUAUCACAAUACCUUUUAUAUAAAUUACAUACUUAUUUAUUAAUAGUUUAUCAAUUAUUUAUGAAUACAUAUUCAUGAAAAUUAUUAGUGUCGCUGACUUUUUUGUUAUAUUAAAAUACAUGUUGGCUAUUUAACUUAUACAUGUGAAAGAAAGUGUGACUGUGCUUUUAAUAUAUAUUGAUUGGAAGACAACGCUAUUAUCUGUUCAGCACUGGCAUAUUAAAUAUGUGAAUGAAGAUAUUUAGACUACUUUAUACAUUUUCACAAAGCAACUGUAAAUGUGUAAUAGAGAGCUAUUUCUGUGUUUAAAUUGGGAUAAAACCUACUUUUUUUGUCUUUAUCUCAGACGAUUUGUUCAAAAACUUGGAACAAAAGCAGGAUGCCAUUCAGAAAAUGCUUGUGGAUGAAAGCGAGAGAUUUAAAGACCAGAAAGUUGUGGCAGCUCCGGCCAAUUCGCAGCCAGAGCAGAGAGAACAAGAUGAACAGAAGCCCAAGCCCCAGCAGGAGGCGCCAAAGACUUCCCAACUGUUCCUCAACUCUCCAUUGUUUCAGGGCUGGGGAGAGAAUCUAUCGGAGGAGGAUCAGGAGGCGGCACAAGCUUUGUUUGAGAAAUAUGGCUACAAUGUUUUCCUCAGCGAUCGUCUGCCUCUCAACCGAGAGCUACCAGACACACGUGAAUCCAAGUAAAGUAAUGAUUCUCUAACGCCGUUUUUUUCCAACCUUUUAAUGUUUCUCUCGCUCACUCACCCUAUCGCUUGUCUGUUGUUACAUUCCUUCUUUCAUGCACCAUAACGAUUAUUCAGCUGUAAACCAGAAAGGAAGUACUGUAUCAUGGGAUAUGUACAGUAUCUAUGCCUUUGAAUCUGUCUACAAUGGUAACGAGAUGUGGCUUCAGUAUUGCAUGUUACUGAACUUCAAGAUCAAGACAGAAUUUGUAUUAAAGGAAUACUUAAGGAUUUUGGCAAUGAAGCCCUUUAUCUACUUCCCCAGAGUCGGAUGAACUCAUGGAUACCAUUGUUAUGUCUCUGCAUGCAGUUUGAAGGAAGUUGCUAACUAGUGCUAGUUAGCAUUGGCUUGUGAAUCUACCUCUAACUUCCUUCAUGCUGGAUGCAGAAACAAAAAAAUGGUGUCCGUGAGUUCACCUGACUCUGGGGAAGUCGAUCAAGGGCUUCAUUGCCAAAAUCCUGAAGUAUCCCUUUAAUAUACCAAUGAGGAGUGUAACUGAUGGUUAGUUUGCUUCAACAGAUGUUUGCAGAAGAAGUACCCCAAGGACCUGCCCAGUAUUGCUGUGGUGUUGAUCUACCUGGACGAGGCCCUGUCUAUCAUUAAACGAGCCAUCCGCAGCAUCAUCGACCGAACCCCUGAACACCUGCUGAGAGAGAUCAUUCUGGUGGAUGACCACAGCUCCAAUGGUACGUCUCACCAAACUAUACUGACAGCUUUUGUAUGAGUACAGUGAGGGAAAAAAGUUUUUGAUCCCCUGCUGAUUUUGUACGUUUGCCCACUGGCAAAGACAUGAUCAGUCUAUAAUUUUAAUGGUAGGUUUAUUUGAACAGUGAGAGACAGAAUACCAACAAAAAAAUCCAGAAAAACGCAUGUCAAAAAUUGUAUACAUUGAUUUGCAUUUUAAUGAGGGAAAUAAGUAUUUGACCCCUCUGCAAAACAUGACUUAGUACUUGGUGGCAAAACCCUUGUUGGCAAUCACAGAGGUCAGACGUUUCUUGUAGUUGGCCACCAGGUUUGCACACAUCUCAGGAGGGAUUUUGUCCCACUCCUCUUUGCAGAUCUUCUCCAAGUCAUUAAGGUUUCGAGGCUGACGUUUGGCAACUCGACCCUUCAGCUCCCUCCACAGAUGUUCUAUGGGAUUAAGGUCUGGAGACUGGCUAGGCCACUCAGGACCUUAAUGUGCUUCUUCUUGAGCCACUCCUUUGUUGCCUUGGCUGUGUGUUUUGGGUCAUUUUCAUGCUAGAAUACCAAUCCAUGACCCAUUUUCAAUGCCCUGGCUGAGGGAAGGAGGUUCUCACCCAAGAUUUGACGGUACAUGGCGCCGUCCAUCGUCCCUUUGAUGCGGUGAAGUUGUCCUGUCCCCUUAGCAAAAAAACAUCCCCAAAGCAUAAUGUUUCCACCUCCAUGUUUGAUGGUGUUCUUGGGGUCAUAGGCAGCAUUCCUCCUCCUCCAAACACGGCGAGUUGAGUUGAUGCCAAAGAGCUCAAUUUUGGUCUCAUCUGACCACAACACUUUCACCCAGUUCUCCUCUGAAUCAUUCAGAUGUUCAUUGGCAAACUUCAGACAGGCCUGUAUAUGUGCUUUCUUGAGCAGGGGGACCUUGCGGGCGCUGCAGGAUUUCAGUCCUUCACGGCGUUACCAAUUGUUUUCUUGGUGACUAUGGUCCCAGCUGCCUUGAGAUCAUUGACAAGAUCCUCCCGUGUAGUUCUGGGCUGAUUCCUCACCGUUCUCAUGAUCAUUGCAACUCCACGAGGUGAGAUCUUGCAUGGAGCCCCAGGCCGAGGGAGAUUGACAGUUAUUUUGUGUUUCUUCCAUUCCAUUUGCGAAUAAUCGCACCAACUGUUGUCACCUUCUCACCAAGCUGCUUGGCGAUGGUCUUGUAGCCCAUUCCAGCCUUGUGUAGGUCUACAAUCUUGUCCCUGACAUCCUUGGAGAGCUCUUUGGUCUUGGCCAUGGUGGAGAGUUUGGGAUCUGAUUGAUUGAUUGCUUCUGUGGACCGGUGUCUUUUAUACAGGUAACAAGCUGAGAUUAGGAGCACUCCCUUUAAGAGUGUGCUCCUAAUCUCAACUCGUUACCUGUAUAACAGACACCUGGGAGACAGAAAUCUUUCUGAUUGAGAGGGGGUCAAAUACUUAUUUCCCUCAUUAAAAUGCAAAUCAAUUUAUAACAUUUUUGACAUGCGUUUUUCUGGAUUUUGUUGUUGUUAUUCUGUUCAAAUAAACCUACCAUUAAAAUUAUAGACUGAUCAUUUCUUUGUCAGUGGGCAAACGUACAAAAUCAGCAGGGGAUCAAAUACUAAUUUCCUACCUUUUUAAAAAACCCAAUCAGAUGAUCUGAAGGGGGACCUGGAUGUCUAUGUCAAAUCCAUUAAGGAGCAGAAUCCUGGGCUUCGCAUGGUCAGAGUGAGACACGUUGAAUCACUGGGUUUAACUCAAGCUCGCAUCUCUGGGUGGAGAGCUGCUACUGCGGAUGUGGUUGCCAUUCUAGACGCUCACAUUGAGGUCCACAAGGAGUGGUAAGAGUAUAUAGGAAUGUACAGUGUCUCUGAAAUAGCUACUGUGCCAGUAGUUGCCGUAUUGCACAUCAAGUUAAAUAUCUGUGAAACUUGUCCCUCACCUUGAACAGUUCAGCAGUCUUUGAACUAUAGGAACAGGGCCAGUGAGUUGUUUUCCAUCACUCUGCUGUCUGUGCUUGCAGGGCGGAGCCUCUGUUGACUCGUAUCAAGGCAGACCGGACAGUGGUGGUGUCCCCUGUGUUUGACAGGGUGAAUUACUAUGACCUGGAAGUUGUCCAUUACGUCCCAGCGGCCCAUGCUUUUGACUGGGCUCUGUGGUGUAUGUAUGAGUCCUUCAGGCCGGAGUGGUACCAUCUCAACGACACGUCACUGCCAGGAAAGUAUGUUGAGCAGGCAAAUGGAAUCACUCACACUGUCAGACCCACGUGUUUGUGGUUGUGUGUGGGGUGAGUAUAGUGUUUAUUUGAACUCUUUCUCUGUCAUCAGGAGUCCCUCUAUCAUGGGAAUCAUGGUGGUAGACAGGAAAUUCCUGGGAGAAAUCGGUGCCCUCGAUGGUGGAAUGAAAGUGUAUGGAGGGGAAAAUGUUGAGCUAGGUGUGCGGGUGAGCAGCAACAAUAUUAUGCACCAUUCUUAUUUUUACCAGAUUCUGUGAACAUCUCAUAUUUUUGAUAACAUUGUUUUCUGUGGUCAUUAAAUAGUACAAUUGGCAAUGUCCUCCACAAAUAAUAAUACUUUUUCAGGUGUGGCUGUGUGGAGGAAGCAUAGAGGUAGUGCCUUGUUCUAAGAUCGCCCACAUUGAGAGGAACCACAAGCCUUACGCACCUGACCUGAGCAUCUCCAUGAAGAGGAAUGCACUGAGGGCAGCAGCGAUCUGGAUGGAUGAGUACAAACAUAAUGUCAAUCUUGCAUGGAACAUUCCCAUUAAGGUAUGAGCUUAUGAUAACGUACCGAAUUAUUAUUAUUAUUAUUAUUAUUAUUAUUUUUUUUUUUUUAAACACAAAUUCUACCUUCAUGAGACUCAUAAAACCAUUGAAGUUUUGCAAGCUUUUUAUUUAUUACAUAAUUUGAUAUGUUGAUAAUACAACAAUUUUGCGGGAUACAACAAAUAAUCCAUAAUCACACUCAACAAUAGGAUCAUGGAAUAGAUAUCGGUGAUGUGUCAGAGAGAAGGGAGCUCAGAGAAAAGCUGAAAUGUAAGCCCUUCAAGUGGUACCUGGACAAUGUGUAUCCUCAGUUGGACACAUGGGACAACAUCCUGGCCUAUGGAGGGGUGCGUUUUUUACAAUACUUUUGUGUGUGUGGUUUUAAACUGUAGUUUUUAAAUUGUAGGUUUGAAUACCUGUCUAUUUAUCCAGAUUAUGAGCACAUUUGAUAAAGUAUGUCAUCCCUUGCUUAAUAUUUGUCUCUCCUACUUGUAGAUGAAGAACUUGGAUGCAAACAUAUGUAUAGAUCAAGGAAUUUAUCCUGGUCAUACACCCAUAGCCUUCGACUGCUUCAACUAUGGCCCACAGGUAACUCCUUACAAUCCUGUCUCUUACUGUUGCAGUUAACUAACUUUGCUCUGUAUUCAAGGGAAGAUCUAACGCCCCAUCUUUAUUUGUUUGAUUGUUCAGCACACCUACUACCACAGUAAUGGGGAGCUUUACAUUGGUGGCCUAAAGUCCCACAAGUACAAUGACAACAGGUGUUUGGCUGACAGUGGGGAAGACACUGUUCCUGAUCUGUACGACUGUAACGAGGCUGUGCAGAAGGGCAUGGGCAUUCACUGGGACUUUACGCAGGUGCAGAUCACCGUAGACACUCAACUCAAUAUACUCCUAAUACAGUAUAGGCAGUUCUUUCCUAUACUGUAUACACCCCUAAAUUAUUUCCUUUUUGCCAAAGAGGUCCACUGUUGAAAAGCAUUAAAAUAUGUAUCUUUUUCCAGGGCAAAGAACUCAAGAACAGACAAACAAAAAGAUGUUUAGAAAUACAGAAACAGAAACUUGUGGUUGAGAAAUGCACUGGCCAAAAAUGGGAAAUCCAAAACAUCAUCAAGCCCUUC